AUGUCAUCUACGGUGUACGCCAGCUUUGUUAACUCGAUCCUUUCUACGCUGUACCCCAUCUUAACAAUUUAUUCGUACUACGUGCUGGUGGGUAAGUACUGUAUCGAUGCAAAACGGUUUGACAGCGUAGUUGUUUUGAUUAUGUUUUUAAUUUACCAUGUUUUGCUCAUCUACACGCUCAUCUUCUAUAUGAGGAUUUUGGCAAUUGACGACACGAGCACAGCAAAUAGGUUCCCGAGCAAGGUGGCAAAUAAACAGGCCAUCACGUCACGAUAUUUCAAUCCUUUCAUCGAGGAGGAAAUCAUACAGAAGAGAUUAAAGAUGCUGAAAACGUGUAACAUCUGCGUUACAUAUAAGCCGCCACGCACGCAUCACUGCUCAAUAUGCCAGAAAUGCUUUCUUAGGUUUGAUCACCACUGUGGCCUCUUAGGAGUGUGCAUAGCGUUCCACAAUUACAAAUUUUUCUAUCUUUUUGUCAUUAUGAACAUAAUUUAUUGCCUCUUCCUGAUUAUAUUGUUGAUGUUCGAGCUAAUCAAGAAUAGACAGCUGCCCACAGCAUCGUUUUCGCACUUUAUCGUGCUCACAUCGCUGUUGUUCGUGGAGAUGUGCGUGAGCCUACAAAUGUUUAUCUAUCACACUAUACUGAUAAGAAAGAACGAAACCAUGAUCGAAAACAAAGCUUUGAACGCCUUUUUGAGAGGAGAUCAGGGCGUGCGAUUUGUUUACCAGGAAGGUCCUUUGGUGAACGAGGAAGAGGUGCUGGAAAGAGACGAGAUGAAUCCAUACAACAUGGGAGUUUACGAAAAUUGGGAACAGAUAUUUGGGAAAAACACUUGGGAAUGGUUUCUGCCGACCUUUACUACGCUGGGCGACGGUAUAAAUUUCCCAAAAAAGAUCGGUAGAGAUUAACGAAAUGUUGGGUUAAACACCGUAAACCAUGUCAAGCGAAAAAAGGUAUUAAACGUGUUAAAUUACUGGCAAAAACAUGCAGUCAGUAAUUACUAUACGAUGAUAACAUUUACUUCGAGAUUAGAAACAUAUCAGAGAUACUUUUUUAAAUUAUUGUAUUAACCGGAACAAAAAAAUUUGAAUAUAAAUGUAUAUGAGCCUAAAAUUAAAGAGAAACGUUUUGGAGUUAACCGUACUUUUUUACUCAACUGGACUGAAAUAACCAUGCCGUCAUUAUCGAAUAAGUUUACUUAAUAAUUGGAUCACAUCUUGUGCUCGUGCUGAACAGGCUUCCGAUGAGUUGCCGCAGAUGCUAGUAUCAACAAUUUAUGUUAAUUAAACCUCUUUAUAU